AUUUAGCUUGCAAACGAGGUUGUAAUUCCAAAUAAGCACUUUAUUAACGGAAUGUUGUGAAAUUAUCUCUUCUACUAGUUGAUGAUGAACUUUUUUUGUUUUUUACUAGCAACGACAGCUUUUUUGGCUGUUCGCUUGAAUAUUGCCCACACCAAGGAAUGGUGGGAAAAUGGGAAUUACUAUCAAAUUUAUCCGCGCUCAUUUCGUGAUAGUAACGGUGAUGGAAUCGGUGAUCUAAAUGGAAUUACACAGAGACUGCAAUACCUAAAAGAUAUUGGCUUCACCGCUGCCUGGCUUUCGCCUAUUUUCAAGUCUCCUAUGAUUGACUUUGGCUACGACAUCUCCGACUUCUAUGCCAUACACUCCGAAUACGGUACUAUGGAGGAUUUCAAAGCGCUCGUUGCACGCGCCAAACAACUCAACAUUCGCAUUAUACUCGACUUUGUGCCAAAUCAUACUAGCGAUGAGUGCGAGUGGUUUGAGAAAUCGGUUAAUCGUGAACCAGGUUAUGAAGACUUUUACGUUUGGCACAAUGGCACUGUGGAUGCCAAAGGCAAGCGACAGCCUCCCAGCAAUUGGAUAAGCGCUUUCCGCUACAGCGCCUGGGAAUGGAAUGAGAAGCGGCAGCAAUACUAUCUGCAUCAGUUCGCAAUCAAGCAAGCAGAUUUGAAUUUUCGUAACCCAUUGGUAGUGGCUAAGAUGAAGGAAGUGAUGCGUUAUUGGUUGGAUACAGGCAUAUCAGGAUUUCGUAUUGACGCUUUGCCUUUCAUGUUCGAAAAGGCGCCAGAUGCGAAUGGUAACUUCCUCGAUGAACCGGUUAUUGACGAUGUAAGCGUUUGCCCUGAUCCAGACGAUUGGUGUCAUUUGAAUCACACAUACACGCAAGAUCAACCUGAGUCCAUUGAAAUGGUGUAUCAGUGGCGUGAAUUGGUAGAGCAGUAUAGGAAGCAGAAAGGUGGUGAGCCACGCGUACUAUUGACGGAGGCCUACACGACUCUUGAUAACUUGAUGUUGUACUAUGGUGAUGGUGAAAGAAAUGGGUCGAUGGUGCCAUUCAAUUUUUAUUUCAUGAACAGCUUAAAGAAUCAGUCAACAGCGCAGGAAAUAGUUGAUAUCAUUUCGCGUUGGAUGAACAGCAUGCCGGAUGGUGUAUUGGCUAACUGGGUAUUGGGUAAUCACGAUAAUCCACGCUAUUCCACUCGGUUGGGAGUACAGCGUGCCGAUUUGUUUACAAUAUUGCUGCAGACCUUGCCGGGCAAUGCUGUGACUUAUAAU